AUGGCGUCGGACGGGAUGAUUUUAACGAACCACGACCACCAAAUCCGGGUCGGAGUCCUGACAGUGAGUGACAGCUGUUUUCGGAACCUUGCAGAGGACCGCAGUGGCGUCAACCUCAAAGAUCUCGUACACGAUCCCUCCCUGUUGGGGGGAAUGAUCACAGCCUACAAGAUAGUGCCAGAUGAGAUCGAUGAAAUCAAGGAGACUCUGGUGGACUGGUGCGAUGAAAAGGAACUUAACCUCAUCCUAACCACCGGAGGCACAGGCUUCGCCCCGAGAGACGUCACGCCAGAGGCCACUAAAGAGGUGAUAGAGCGCGAGGCUCCUGGGAUGUCUCUGGCGAUGUUGAUGGGUUCUCUCAACGUCACACCACUAGGCAUGCUUUCCAGACCGGUGUGUGGAAUCCGAGGGAAGACGCUCAUCAUCAACUUACCAGGAAGCAAGAAAGGCUCCCAGGAAUGCUUCCAGUUCAUCCUGCCGGCGUUGCCGCACGCCAUCGACCUCCUGCGCGAUGCGAUUGUGAAGGUAAAGGAGGCGGCGGAUGAGCUGGAGGACUUGCCGUCGCCACCGCCCCCCCUCUCGCCGCCGCUCAACAGUUCGCCACGCCGCCAGACGGAGGACAAGGGCGUGCAGUGCGAGGACGAGGACGAGGAGAAGAAGGACAGCGGCGUAGCAUCCACCGAGGACAGCUCCUCCUCCCACAUCACCGCCGCCUCCAUCGCAGCCAAGAUCCCAGACUCCAUUAUCUCGCGGGGUGUGCAGGUGUUGCCCAGGGAUACGGCCUCUCUCAGCACCACGCCCUCGGAGUCGCCCCGAGCUCAGGCCACCUCCCGCCUCUCCACGGCUUCCUGUCCCACGCCCAAAAGAAUGGAAAGACGACGAGAGAGCCAAGGGGUGGGUGGGCGGGUGGGUAGUCUCCAGGUGCAGUCACGAUGCAGCAGCAAAGAAAAUAUCCUAAGAUCAAGUCACAGUGCAGUGGACAUCACCAAGGUGGCCCGGAGGCACCGCAUGUCCCCCUUCCCCCUCACCUCCAUGGACAAGGCCUUCAUCACUGUGCUGGAGAUGACCGCCGUCCUGGGCACUGAGAUCAUCAACUACAGAGAUGGGAUGGGUCGAGUCCUGGCUCAGGACGUUUAUGCCAAAGACAACCUGCCCCCCUUCCCUGCCUCUGUCAAGGAUGGUUACGCUGUGAGAGCGGCCGACGGCCCAGGCGACCGCUUCAUCAUCGGCGAGUCCCAAGCUGGAGAGCAGCCCACUCACACAGUGAUGCCUGGUCAGGUGAUGAGGGUGACGACAGGCGCUCCUAUCCCGUGCGGGGCCGACGCCGUCGUGCAGGUGGAAGACACCGAGCUCCUCCGUGAAUCUGAAGACGGCACAGAGGAGCUGGAGGUACGAAUCCUAGUACAGGCUCGUCCAGGGCAGGACAUCAGGCCUAUAGGUCAUGACAUCAAGCGAGGGGAGUGUGUGCUGGCUAAGGGAACCCACAUGGGCCCGUCCGAAAUCGGCCUCCUGGCCACUGUCGGAGUCACAGAGGUGGAGGUGCAGAAAUUCCCUGUGGUGGCCGUCAUGUCCACAGGAAACGAGCUGUUGAACCCAGAAGAUGACCUUCAUCCUGGGAAGAUCAGGGACAGCAAUCGCUCCACCCUGCUGGCCACCAUCCAGGAGCACGGCUACCCCACUAUCAAUCUGGGCAUCGUGGGAGACAACCCCGAUGACCUUCUCAACGCUCUGAAUGAAGGCAUCAGCCGCGCUGAUGUCAUCAUCACCUCAGGAGGAGUGUCCAUGGGCGAGAAGGACUACCUUAAACAGGUGCUGGAUAUCGAUCUUCAUGCUCAGAUCCACUUUGGACGUGUUUUCAUGAAACCAGGUCUCCCAACAACCUUUGCCACCUUGGACAUAGACGGUGCUCGCAAACUAAUCUUUGCCCUCCCAGGAAACCCCGUGUCCGCUGUUGUCACCUGUAAUCUUUUUGUCAUCCCUGCCUUAAGGAAGAUGCAGGGCAUUUUGGACCCUAGGCCUACCAUCAUCAAAGCGAGGUUGUCUUGUGAUGUGAAGCUGGACCCUCGCCCUGAAUACCACCGCUGCAUUCUGACAUGGCAUCACCAGGAACCUCUGCCAUGGGCACAGAGCACAGGGAACCAGGUGAGCAGCAGACUGAUGAGUAUGCGCAGUGCUAACGGGCUCCUGAUGCUACCUCCGAAAACAGAGCAAUACGUGGAGCUGCACAAGGGCGAGGUGGUCGACGUCAUGGUCAUCGGCCGGCUAUGAUGUCAUCACGGACGGAGAGUCGGCAUCAUAUAGCGAGGGUUGGAAUGGGUGGUUCACGGUGCAUGUCCACAUAUCAUUGACUAUUCUGUAAUAUGCAACGGCACAGCUAGUUUUUAUUGAUUUGGAUAACGUUGAGGUAUAGUCAACAUCUUGAUCACAACCUA